AUGCAAGCUAAACUUGAAGAAGAUCACCAUGCUGCUCGGAAUGUGCCGUGGCAUAGGAAAAGAGCUGAGCAGAAGAGAAGAGCUAGAGAGCGCAAAGCUGCCCGCAAGGACAAGAUUCGGCAGAAGCGCCAGGAUCGCAUCAAGCGUGGCCUGCCAGUGCUUCUCUUCCCAACUGUAUCCGACAUCAAUGAGCGUAAAAACGCACGGAGGGCUCUCUCAGACAAGCUUAAGGGCCGCACGAAGCGGGGUGUUCUAGAACAAGUGAUCGGCUCUGGUGGCCUCCAUGCUUUCAAGGAAAAGACACUUACGAGCCGUGCCGGCCAGGCAAUUGCUACAGACUACGAUUGGUCGUGGAGACAGAAGAAGUUCCGCCCUGAGGAACGGGUGACGGAUCGAAUUGACCGCAUGGUCGGGCGUAUGGUAGCCAGGGAUGAUGAGCAACUUCAGGAGCAGUUGAAACGUGAUCGCAAAGCACAUGUCAGGACACAGAAGAAGGCCAUGUGGAGAUGGCAGAAGGAUGGUGAUGGCGGUUCUGCGACCAUUGUUGGAAGCUCGGCUACUACUGGAUCUGGCCCAGGUGCGCCGGCCAUAUCAGACAUCAUGAAGGCAUUGGGCGGAAGCAGUGGCGAUCGAAGUCAUUUCGAUGGCAGGAUUACUAUCAAGCGUAUCAAUUCUGCAUUUGACCUGGCCAAUCCCUCCCCGUUUGCUCUGGCUGCGGACGUCGCGCCCUUCAUUGAUGAGAAUGAUGACCCCGCUGGACUUCUCAGAGGUCUCUCGAGUCAUUUUGACGAGGAAGUCGAUACUGAAAAGGUCGUCGAAUGUAUCGAGGCAGAAACCAUGGACUAUUUGGACGACAUGAAGGUCGACAAAGAUGAGUCUAAGCUCAGCAAUACUGAGUUCAGCGGUUCUGCAACAUCCGAAGAGUGUCAAGAGUAUUUUACUGAUGAUUCCAACCUCAACUCUAAUGACGAGAAAUAUGAAAAGUUUGAUGAGCAAGUUGACGCCGAGCUUGAUGAUAUCUUUUCGGUAGAAUGGCUUAACAAAACGCUCCAAGAGAUAGCUGUUGAAAUCUUUGCGGAUGCGAAGGCCCGGUUUAUUAUAAAGGAAGGUAAUGCUGUCUCCGAUGAGGAUCUUGAGCUCCUAUACAACCAGGUCACAGCAAAUAUCAAGCAGGAGUGGGCCAUUAGGAUGUUUCUCGAGGGCGACAAGGUCAGUAAGAAGCCAAUACCGAUCAGUCUAAAGCCUUUCAGGAAGGAGUUCGGACCUUCAUUCGAUGAGGCGCUUUUGGUUGUUAUAGGUCAACCUUCGCUAUUCUCCAGAAAGUCAAGCUUCUCUACGGGUGGCUCGGGCAGAGGGCGUGGAUUUCGAGGCAGAGGAAGUCGGGGAGGUCGCGGUCGUCGAGGGCGAGGACGAGGACGAGGAGCGCGAACAGCCCCACCAUUGCCGUCGCCACCGCCACCUCCAGCACCCAGUUCAAACCCUCGGGGCUUCCGACCAGGCGUUACUAUCCCCGGGAGACUGGAGAUAUGGGACGACAAUGAUGAUGACGCGCCCUACUCUUUUAGCUCGUCUGACUUGAGCUCUGACCAUGGUCGUGGGACAGAGAAUACCACACCAUGCACUCAGUCUGAAAGCGAUGAAGCCGACAGCUAUUCUGAUAGCAACUACUCCGUAAAUAUUGAACCUGGUGGUUCUCAAAGCAUAGAGUCAAGCAGGGACAACGACCAGUCAGUCCCGAACAAUAGUGGGGCUGUCCUGCUGAGCAAGAGAUCGGCUGAGAAGCUUAUCCAAGAGGCGAGGCAAGACGCCAUAAAGACGCUGCUGGGUGAGCUCACCGACGGUGUUGUGGCUUCAGAUAGAGAGAAGGGGCUUCGUAGAAGACUGGGUUCAAACUGGGCACAGCGGUUCUUUGAAGCUGCUAUCGAGGCCAUCCAGUUACAGCCCAAUCCCGUUCCAGUUCAAGGAGAGCAAAGCCCACAACCCGAUCGUCCUCAUGGUAGCCCAUCUGGCUCCAAUAAGUCCGGACGCAGUUUUGUAUCGCAAACCCCCAAAAUUAGACAAACGCACCCGCAGGCAUGGCCUACAUUGUAUCCCGAUCAAGACCGAUAUCUCAUCAAUCAAAUGAACGAGGAACUCACUAAGGAUACCUGCGGCAUUGUAAGUGAGGCCGAUGAACGCGAGCGGGACUUUGCUUGGGAUAGGCACUGCCUCUAUGCCAAUGGGAAGAUGCAACAGCCUCAGCUUAUGGACUUUGACCGAAAACACGACUUCCGAGAUUACAAUGAUGACAUCCUACAUGAGCAAAUCACACAAGAUGCUCCGGACUGGGAUCCAAUGAGCAUUGAUCCUCAAGACACCCAUAUCAUAAGCCGUACUUGGCCGGUACAAUACGACGGCGAAGCCGGAUAUUUCACUCGUGUGCCGGUUGAAAUUGAUGGAAGGAACGACGCGUACGACGGUACUAAGAUACCAAUACCAACACCCCCAUCUGAUCCUCCUAUCAACGGCGACGGUGGCGGCGGUCCUCGCCCACCACAAACGUUCCUUAGUGGUCUCCAUGGUUACAAUGAGUAUGGCGACCGCGGCAACAUUCCGAUAUCAACUAUUCAAGUUCAGGAUUUUGGUACACCAGUCAAGCAGCCAUGCCCAAAGCCGACUCCUCUCAAUCUGAGUAGCAAGAUUGAUCUCCAAAGUAAUAAAAGUCUGACAGCCAAGCAGAGGGCGGAACAAGCAGCAACUGAGGCGAGAAGAUUGAAGGCAGAAACAGCUGCCAAAGAAGCGGAAGCUAGCCUUGCAAAGCUUGCGAGUGAGGAAGAAGAGAAGGAGAAGACUGCAAAGGUGGCUGCCCGUAAGGAUCAGGAGCAGAUGGACGAAAUAAAUCGUUCAAGAGAGAUCGAAGCUCAUAAACGGGCCGGGGAGAUGGAAAGGACUUGCACUAGACCUGAAGGCGUUGUGCCAGAGCCCCCCAUGGGACAUGAUCAUAUUCUCCAUGACCUUCGUGACUUUGGAACUAUACUGUCGGGACUAACUGGACCUCUGGUGCCACAGCCACAUAAUGGUAACGGACAAUCAUCAGAGCCGGUGCAGACAUCCUCGCCGAAAACACCUCCGAGGAGAACCCCGGCACUAUCUGCUGGGGUCACCUCUCCGAAACCUUCCAAAAGCGGCACCGUCAACCCAACUGAAAUCGCCGCCACGAGUCCCCAGGCGCCAAUCUUCGGAAACCCUACACCUGAUGAUAGAUCGAACAAGAGUACCGGCGACUCUUCUACAAACAGAACUGGUGGAAAGGGUUCUGUAUCCGAAGGAGAGGUCGAGAAUUUUCCGUUCGCACAGGAAGAAACACCGAAACGAAAGGGUAACUCUAGGCCUCAAAGUCCUGUACUCAAUUGGGUAGAAAGGGGGAAACAGCUUGGACAACAAGUCGGCCCUCCAAGUAGCGCGUUCGGAAAGCAGGCCACAGGUAGCUCUUUUGGUGAGCCACUCAAGUCAAUCAAGGAUUUACAGAUCAACGUCGACCAUCGCAAAGACUUAUGGGGAACACCGAAGGCCAAUCUGCCAGCUAAGAAUCCUGAACUAGAGUCGCAGGGCUCAUCGAAGAGAGGAAAGAAAGCGACUCUUGCAAACCCACCGAGCAAGCUUGAGACAUACAUUCCCAGUUCCCCAAAAAGAACUAGAAAUUCAUUUGAGGCUCCAAGUGCAGAUAGCUGGUCUUACACAGCAUCUGGGCAGUCGACUAAUUCGAACGGAAAACGACCUUCUAGCACAUCGACCAUUUCUCCAAAAUCACCCAGUAAAGCGCGUCUAUCUCCCGAACCUGCUGAGAACCACGCUAUAUCCAAACUCACGUACCCAGUGCAGACCUCAGACGCCUCGAAGGCAGUGCUUCCGGAAAAGGAGGAAAGUUAUAGGGUGUCUAAUCUCCCCGAACGAUUAGAAGAUGAUAGCCCCACACGCGUCUUCUUCACAGCUGGGAAGGCAACGAGAGAUCCCGAGGAUGAGUAUCAUGCCAGGGAGCACGCUUGGAACACCCAUAGACCACAUCUUCCCAAGUGGAAGUAUUUCCAGGGGACAUCGGGUGCGAGUGAACCGGCAUAUGUCUUUGAAGAAAGGUACCGAAGAAUCACGACGCAAUACCUCAAAAACGGCGUUCCUGAUCAGAUAGAACACGAAGAAGAGGCAGAUUUCGAGUUCCGAAAACAGGCCUGGGAGCAAAUCAAUGACGGUGAAGAUGUGAAGGAUAUACGCGAGAAGCUCAGGGGCUUGACGAGAACAGAGCUUACGAACUGGCUCAAGAGGAUGCUCAUGACUAUAGAUUUCUUAAAGGGCGUCGAUCUUGCCAAGAUUGACAAAGGAAUCAAGGCCAUGACAGACGGACUUCCGCGUCUCGAGUGGGAAGUCGAUUACGGCGUCAGUGCAUUGACUUCGAAGGAAACGGAUAUCUUGGUGGACCGAGGUAGAGACUUCACCAGUCGUUUCAAUGAGCGGCGUCAGCAUACUGCGGACGACGAAGGGCCUUACAGCACCUUUUCAAAGACUAAACUGCACCUUUAUUCCUUGCUAAGACGGCUGGAUGUUCUAAAUGACAAAGUACAACAGUCAGAAGUGGCCGCGCAAUCAGCUGAAAAAAGGAGUCGCCGUACAGGCCUGUCUCAAAGUGUACUUGACAAUGUUGAGCGAGCUGUCAAUAGCGUCAAUGGUCGACGCCCACCGACGCCGAGCCAACCGUCGACGCGCAGGACCCCUAAAACCAUGAGUUUUGACGACUCCAUGGGGCACGAACAUGGAAGAGCCCAGGAUUAA